AUGCUGCGAAACAUCCUGCUCGCGGCCUCGAUGGCCAUCCGGGCCUUGGGCAGCCUCAAGGACCUCGCCCACUGCGACCCUCUCCGCAAAGACAUGCGCUGCCCCCCCGACCCGGCCUUUGCCGGCAAAGCCUCCUUCAACUUCAGCACCACCGGCUGGGACCAAAAGGACCUCGAAGACUUCUGGGAAAUCGACAACGACACCGUCCACGACCGCCGGCGCCUCGGCUUUGGCACCGCCGCCGAGGGCGUCGCCGUGGGCGUGUGGAAGGCCGCCGACGCGCCGACGCUCGUGAGCCGCAAGUACAUGCUCUUCGGCAAGGUCAGCGUCACGGUCAAGGCGGCCAAGGGCCAGGGCAUCGUGACGGCCAUUACGCUCAAGUCUGAUUCGGGGGACGAGAUUGACUGGGAGCUGCUCGGCGCCUACGAAAAACAAGCCGCCUCCAACUACUUCUACGACGGCAAAGCCCUCUUCAACACCUACAACGACACCUACCCCCUGCCCACCUCCUCCUACGACGCCUACCACACCUACACCAUCGAAUGGACCGACACGCGCCUCGUCCUCUCCAUCGACGCCGCCCCGCGCAAGACGUGGCGCCUCGGCGACAACUUCCUGCCCCCCGGCGCCUGGCCCCAGACGCCCAUGCAGCUCAAGCUCGGCGUCUGGUCCGUCGCCAACGGCACCGCCGCCAGCGACCCGGGCGAGGUCCGCUGGGCCGGCGGCCCGCCCGACUGGGAGGGCAGCGGGGCGCCCUUUGUUGCCCACUUUGCCGCCGUCGAGGUGGAGGAUUACAUGGGCGGGUGUACGCGCGCCCGGGACGGGGCGGCCGUUCGCUAUCGCUACGAUGAGAGGACCGUCGGCUGGCGCCACGUCCUUGUCGAUGGCUGCGAGGAGAGGGUUCCCGGCGCCGAUCUGGCCACCGCCUCGCCUUCUGCUGCCGGGGAGCCGGGCCCGACGCCGACGGCUGAGGCGGGCGCCGAGGGGGGCCAGCAGGACGAGGACGACGCGGCCGUCUUGCUCGGCCUCUCGUCGCCGCUGGCCGCCAUUGUGUGCCUUUGCUGGCUGCUGGUUCUGUAG